CGAAGGAUCCCCGGCGCCCCUCCGCGCGCCACCCGGAGGGCGAGGGCGCGGGGCCGAGGCGGGCAGCAUGGAGUGGGGUUACCUGUUGGAAGUGACCUCGUUGGUGGCCGCCCUGGCGUUGCUGCAGCGCUCGAGCGGCGCGGCGGCCGCCUCGGCCAAGGAGCUGGCGUGCCAGGAGAUCACCGUGCCGCUGUGCAAGGGCAUCGGCUACAACUACACCUACAUGCCCAACCAGUUCAACCACGACACGCAGGACGAGGCGGGCCUGGAGGUGCACCAAUUCUGGCCGCUGGUGGAGAUCCAGUGCUCGCCCGACCUCAAGUUCUUCCUGUGCAGCAUGUACACACCCAUCUGUCUGGAGGACUACAAGAAGCCCCUGCCUCCCUGCCGCUCGGUGUGCGAGCGCGCCAAGGCCGGCUGCGCGCCCCUCAUGCGCCAGUACGGCUUCGCCUGGCCUGACCGCAUGCGCUGCGACCGACUGCCCGAGCAGGGCAACCCCGACACGCUGUGCAUGGACUACAACCGCACCGACCUCACCACGGCCGCGCCCAGCCCGCCGCGCCGCCCGCCGCCGCCGCCGCCCGGAGAGCAGCCGCCCUCCGGCAGCGGCCACGGCCGCCCGCCGGGGGCCCGGCCCCCGUCCCGCGGCAGGGGCGGCGGCGGGGACGCGGCUGCGCCCCCCGCGCGCGGCGGCGGCGGCGGCGGCAGUGGUGGCGGCGGGAAGGCGCGGCCCCCUGGCGGCGGCGCGGCGCCCUGCGAGCCGGGCUGCCAAUGCCGCGCUCCCAUGGUGAGCGUGUCCAGCGAGCGGCACCCUCUCUACAACCGCGUCAAGACCGGCCAGAUCGCCAACUGCGCGCUGCCCUGCCACAACCCGUUCUUCAGCCAGGACGAGCGCGCCUUCACCGUCUUCUGGAUCGGCCUGUGGUCGGUGCUCUGCUUCGUGUCCACUUUCGCCACCGUCUCCACCUUCCUCAUAGACAUGGAGCGCUUCAAGUACCCGGAGCGGCCCAUCAUCUUCCUCUCGGCCUGCUACCUCUUCGUGUCCGUCGGCUACCUGGUGCGCCUGGUGGCGGGCCACGAGAAGGUGGCGUGCAGCGGCGGUGCGGGGGCUGCGGGCGGCGCGGGCGGCGCGGGCAGCGCGGCGGCGGGAGCCGGCGCGGCGGGAGCGGGCGCGGGCGGCCCGGGAGGGCGCGGCGAGUACGAGGAGCUGGGCGCCGUGGAGCAGCACGUGCGCUAUGAGACCACGGGCCCGGCGCUGUGCACCGUGGUCUUCCUGCUCGUCUACUUCUUCGGCAUGGCCAGCUCCAUCUGGUGGGUGAUCCUGUCGCUCACGUGGUUCCUGGCGGCGGGCAUGAAGUGGGGCAACGAGGCCAUCGCCGGCUACUCGCAGUACUUCCACCUGGCCGCCUGGCUCGUGCCCAGCGUCAAGUCUAUCGCCGUGCUGGCGCUCAGCUCGGUGGACGGCGAUCCGGUGGCGGGCAUCUGCUACGUGGGCAACCAGAGCCUGGACAACCUGCGCGGCUUCGUGCUGGCGCCGCUGGUCAUCUACCUCUUCAUCGGCACCAUGUUCCUGCUGGCCGGCUUCGUGUCGCUCUUCCGCAUCCGCUCGGUCAUCAAGCAGCAGGGAGGCCCCACCAAGACGCACAAACUGGAGAAGCUCAUGAUCCGCCUGGGCCUCUUCACUGUGCUCUACACCGUGCCCGCCGCUGUCGUGGUCGCCUGUCUCUUCUACGAACAGCACAACCGCCCGCGCUGGGAGGCCACGCACAACUGCCCGUGCCUGCGGGACCUGCAGCCGGACCAGGCGCGCCGGCCCGACUACGCCGUCUUCAUGCUCAAGUACUUCAUGUGCCUGGUGGUGGGCAUCACCUCGGGCGUGUGGGUCUGGUCCGGCAAGACGCUCGAGUCGUGGCGCGCGCUGUGCACCCGCUGCUGCUGGGCCAGCAAGGGCGCGGGCGCGACGGGCGCGGGCCCGGGGGGCGGCGGCCCGGGGGGCGGUGGCCCGGGGGCUGGCGGGGGCGGGGGGCCGGGCGGCGGGGCGGGCUCCCUCUACAGCGACGUCAGCACCGGCCUGACGUGGCGAUCUGGCACGGCUAGCUCCGUGUCUUAUCCAAAGCAGAUGCCAUUGUCCCAGGUCUGAGCAGAGGGGAGGGGGCGCCCGGGAGGGAUGGGGCGAGGACACUCGACGGCAGAGGUUCCCACCCUAUCACCGUGUUGAUUGCUAUUAGCAUGAUAAUGAACUCUUAAUGGUAUCCAUUAGCUGGGACUUAGAGGACUCUCUUAGAACAAAGUACCUGGCAUUGAAGGCUCCCAGACCCAGCCCCCUUUCCUCCACCGACGGGCGAGGAGUUCCUCCCGCCAGCCGUUAAUUUCUGUUGGCACAGGAGGGUGAACUCCGCUGCUGCGUUUCCAGAACCCAAAGUUUGGAGCCCUCGCUGGUUGCCAUUUGCUGAGCUUGAAGCCAGACCUACAGAUUUCACCUGAGGGGACCUAGUUUUCUCCCUCGUCUCUGCUACGUAAACUCCUACUCCUAACACGCCCUAGAGGAGGGAUGACCACCGCCUAACGGGAUUGCACGGUUUGGGGAUUCUUAAUGACCAGGCAGAUGCCUUAAGUAAACAAACAAGAAAUGUCUUAAUUAUACACCCCAAGUAAAUACGGGUUUCUUACCUUAGAGGAUGUAUUUAUAUAAUUAUUUGUUAAAUUGUAAAAAACGUGUAAAAUAUGUACAUAUCCAAAGAUAUACAGUCUGUACAUUUUUUGUAAAAAGUUUAGAGGCCACCCCUGUAAGAACAAAUAUAAGUAUUCUAUUUUGUCAAUAAAAUGACUUUUGAUAAAUGAUUUAAACACUGCCCUCUCCCCCCUGCCUCUUCUAAACUGUCACCCCGAAAGCACUUGCUGAGGGCACCUGGGAAACACAGACAUGUUCUGGUUUCUCCUUAUGUACCCUGACCUCAGGCAUGGCGCCAAAUGACCUGUUAAACGCUUCCUUCCUAAGUUGUUAGCAAAGUCCUCAUCGCUGUUGAACUGAACUCAUAACUGAGAUUCUGCACCUUUCCGAAAACAUGGUGUUGUUAAUGGUAGCUCCUUUCUGGCCCGUGGAGAACAACGCUCCCCUUAGUGUAUGUAAAUGCAGCUCUGGCAAGACACGCCUUCCCCUCCGGCCUUGUUACCGAUCUUGUGUAAUAUCACUAAAGGCUUCAAACCCCA